ACUGAAAGAAGCAGAAUGAAGGGCCUCGUAUUCAUGCUGCUGUGUGCCACAGUUACGUAUGCUUUGCCAAUACGAUCAGUUAGGAGAGAAGAAGAGAGGUCGCGGCUUAUUCAGAAAUACUUAGAAAAAUAUUACAACUUCACAUAUGAUGGACAACAGGAUGUAAAAUGGAAAGAUGGAAACUCCAUGGUUAGAAAAAUCCGAGAAAUGCAGGAAUUCAUUGGCCUGGAGGUGACGGGUGAAUUGGAUUCGAAGACUCUGGAGGUGAUUCAGAAACCAAGGUGUGGGAAUCCUGAUAUGGGGGACUUUGCUUUUUUUGGAGGACAACCCAAAUGGGAAAAGAAAGACUUGACCUACAAGAUACUGAACUAUACACCAGACAUGAAAGAAGCCGAUGUGGUCAAAGCCAUUGAGAAAGCUUUUCAGGCUUGGAGCCAAGUGACUCCGUUGACGUUCAGAAGGUCUGACGAAAGCACCGCUGACAUAAUGAUUUCUUUUGCUCACAGAGAGCAUGGUGAUUUCAACCCCUUUGAUGGGGCUGGCGGCACACUUGCCCAUGCCUAUGCACCCAGCAACACCAACAUUGGAGGAGAUGCCCAUUUUGAUGAGGAUGAAAACUGGACCAAAGACCAACAUGGCUCUAACUUGUUCGUUGUUGCUGCCCAUGAGUUUGGCCACUCACUUGGACUGUUCCAUUCCAAAGAUGGCAAUGCCUUGAUGUAUCCAGUUUAUAAGAGUCUCCAGAACAAUCAACCUAUCCUCUCUCGAGAUGACAUAGAAGGCAUUCAGCAACUCUAUGGAACACCAUCCAAUCCAUCUCAAGACCGAACAGAACAAAACGAAUCAAGACAACCCAGCAGACCCGCUGAACCUGUUUUACCAGCAACUUGUGAUCCACAGUUGACUUUUGAUGCUGUUACUACUUUUCGGGGAGAAAUAUUAUUCUUCAAAGACAAGCAAUUCUGGAGAAAGCGCCCCCAUAUGAAUCUGGUUGAAUUUAAUCCCAUCUCUUCAUUCUGGUCAUUUUUACUAUUGGGUAUCGAUGCUGCUUAUGAAAAUACGGACAAAGAUGAAGUACUACUUUUUAAAGGCAACCAGUUCUGGGCAGUGAAAGGCAAUUCCAGGCUACCUGGAUAUCCUAAGAACAUUCAGAGCUUGGGCUUCCCAGCCGAUGUCAGUAAUAUCGAUGCAGUGCUUUUCAAUGCAAAUGAAAGAAGAACAUACUUCUUUGUAUCUGAUAAAUAUUGGAGUUAUAAUGAAGGCAGCCAAACCCUGGAGAGGAGACCUAAAUGGAUAAGAAAUGACUUCCCAGGUAUUGAGGGGCAAGUCGAUGCUGCUUUUCAGUAUAACGGCAUCCUAUACUUCUUCAUUGGAGCAAAUCAAUAUGAGUUUAACCCUAAUUCCAGAAGAGUCACCCAGGUCACAAAAGCCAACAGCUGGUUUUCUUGCUAAGGAAAUGAAACCACUGAAGAUACAAACAUAAAUCCUAUUG